AUGACUUCCCAGUUCGGUUCCGUGCUUCCCCUCCUGCUCAUCGACUGCCAAGAAGGCUUCAAGCACCCCACGCACUGGGGCCUCGCACGCUCCAACCCUGCAUUCGAGCCGAACCUCGCGCGCCUCCUCCAGCACUUCCGUGAGGCGCGCCUUCCCGUCUUCCACGUCGCGCAUCACUCAGUCAUUCCUGGGAGCAUGCUGCACCCAACCGAGAAUCCCGCAGGCGUCGCGUUCAUACCAGAGGCGCAGCCGCGCGAGGGCGAGCGAGUGUUCACGAAGAACGUCAACUCGUCCUUCAUCGGGACAAACUUGGAGGACGCAAUACGAGAGGCGGGCAUCAGGACGCUCUUCGUUGUGGGUCUGGAGACGGACCGGUGCGUGUCGACGACGAUUCGCAUGGGCGCGAACUUGCAUGUACUCCGGACGGGAGAAGGAGGUCAGGAGGAGGGUACGAUCUGGCUCGUGGAAGACGCGGUGGCGAACUUCGAAAGGGGCAAGUGGGACGCGGAAACGGUACAUGCUGUCAGCGUUGCAAGUCUGAAGGGCGAGUUUGCAGAGGUGGCGAGGACGGAGGAUGUGAUCAAAUGGCUGUAG